ACAUAUGUAAAGAAAGAUGACAUAACGAAUUGCAUCGAAAAUAAUUUACUUGAGGGAUUAUUUAGAGACAAGAGACAAUCGUUGAGAGAGAGAGACAUGAUGCGCUUAUUGCAUAACUUCGAAUUCUUGGAAGUAGGAUGUUAUGCGGAAAAUUCUACGUCGCAAUAUACAAAAGAAUAUGAAUAUACUUCAUAG